AUGCCGCCAAAAAGAGGAGGUAAGCGUACUCGCACCGUUAGGGUCAGAGCUGAUGCUCGUGAAGUUGUGGAUGAGCAGGGUGCUGCAGGGGGUGUUCAGGCAGAGGGUGUGCAGCAUGCAUCCCCACAGUUCGACCAGGCUGCGCUCAUGCAGAUGGUUCAGCAGGCAGCUACCCAGGCUGCUCAGACUGCUAUUCAACAGGUUACCCAGGAAGCUGCUCGUGUAGCUGCACAAGAAGCUACUCGUGUAGCAGCACAGGAAGUUGCCCGUCAGUUGGCUGCUGGUCAACAGAUUCCACCGCAGGAGAUUCCACCGCAGCAGAUCCCACCACAACAGGAUCCACCGCCGCAGAUGCAUAUUCCUCAGGUUCCUGUGCAGGGGGUUCCAGGACAGCAGCUCCCUCAGGGUUUACAGCAACCUUUACCGGUUUACCGUGCUUAUGAUGAGAGGUUUUACAGACUCACGAGUCAGAUGCGAAACAUGGAUAUGGAGCAUUUUGGGGGAACAGUGGAUGCUACAGUUGCACAUGAUUGGAAGCUUAGUCUGCAACGGAAAUUGGAGAUUAUUGAGUGUCCACCAGAGGCUUCGCUUAGGUUGGCUAUGCAGUAUCUACGUGGAGAUGCACUUGUGUGGUGGGAGGGAGUGCGAUUGGGCCACCCUGGGCCUGACAGGCUUACCUUUGCAGAUUUUAUCCGGGAGUUUGAUAGGAAGUAUUUUCCAAAAGAAGCUAUGGAUAAGAAGAAGAGUGACUUCGAGCAUGUGAGCCAGGGUGACAUGACAAUCAGGGAGUAUGAGCUUGAGUUCAACCGACUUCGCAGGUUUGCAGGAGGUGGUAUUACUGAAGAAGACCUGAUUAGAAAGUUUUUGAGUGGGAUGCGAGUCGAAAUUCGGAACAGAUGUCGUGUCGUCACUUACUACAGAUUGGGGGAUUUGGUGGAGAAAGCUGCUGAGCAGGAAGCAGGUUUGGCAGAGGAGCAGAAACUCUUUAAAUCAACUCAGCCUAAAGUUGGGAAGACUUUAGAGUCACAAAAGAGAACACUGGACGAGUUAGAACCACCUAGCUGCACCAGUUGCAAGCGCAAUCAUUAUGGAGAGUGCAUUAGGUGUCAUUCAUGUGGACGGACAGGCCACAUGGCGAGAAACUGCCGGUUUAAACCAUUGAAUGCAGAUUCAGUUAGACAGAUUGUUGAACCUAGAGCGGCUACUAUGGAUUGCUUUAACUGUGGCCAGCCAGGUCAUAUUUUCAGGGAUUGUCCGAGGAGGGAACAUGCAGAGGAUUCACCCCCGCCUAAGCGCCAAGCCAUCGAUCCAUGA